CUCGCCCGCCCCAUGCGUCCCGUCCCCAGGUCCAGAACGUCUCCCAGUCCAUGGAGGUGCUUGAACUGCGGACCUAUCGGGACCUCCAGUAUGUGCGCGGCAUGGAGACCCUCAUGCGGAGCCUGGACGCGCGGCUCCGGGCAGCGGAUGGGUCCGUCUCGGCCAAGAGCUUCCAGGAGCUGAAGGACAGGAUGACCGAGCUGUCACCCCUGAGCUCCGUCCUGGAGCAGUACAAGGCGGACACGCGGACCAUCCUGCGCCUGCGGGAGGAGGUGAGGAAUCUCUCCGGCAGCCUGGCGGCCAUCCAGGAGGAGAUGGGCGCCUACGGGUACGAGGACCUGCAGCAGCGGGUGAUGGCUCUCGAGGCCCGCCUCCACGCCUGUGCGCAGAAGCUGGGCUGCGGGAAGCUGACCGGGGUCAGUAACCCCAUCACCAUCCGGGCCAUGGGGUCCCGCUUUGGCUCCUGGAUGACCGACACCAUGGCUCCCAGUGCGGACAACCGGGUCUGGUACAUGGACGGCUACUACAAGGGCCGGCGCGUCCUGGAGUUCCGCACGCUGGGGGACUUCAUCAAAGGCCAGAACUUUAUCCAGCACCUGCUGCCGCAGCCGUGGGCGGGCACGGGCCACGUGGUGUACAACGGCUCCCUGUUCUACAACAAGUACCAGAGCAACGUGGUGGUGAAGUACCACUUCCGCUCGCGCUCCGUGCUGGUGCAGCGAAGCCUGCCCGGGGCCGGCUACAACAACACCUUCCCUUACUCGUGGGGCGGCUUCUCCGACAUGGACUUCAUGGUGGACGAGAGCGGGCUCUGGGCCGUCUACACCACCAACCAGAACGCGGGCAACAUCGUGGUCAGCCGGCUGGACCCGCACACCCUGGAGGUGGUGCGGUCGUGGGACACGGGCUACCCCAAGCGCAGCGCGGGCGAGGCCUUCAUGAUCUGCGGCGUGCUCUAUGUCACCAACUCCCACCUGGCCGGGGCCAAGGUCUACUUUGCCUAUUUCACCAACACGUCCAGUUACGAGUACACGGACGUGCCCUUCCACAAUCAGUACUCGCACAUCUCCAUGCUGGAUUACAACCCCCGAGAGCGGGCCCUGUACACCUGGAACAACGGGCACCAGGUGCUCUAUAAUGUCACCCUCUUCCACGUCAUCAGCACUGCCGGGGACCCCUAGGCCAGCCUCCGCAGCUCGGGCUGCUAGGAGAGGGCCGCUGGGCAUCCUGCCCCCCCUGCCUGUGUCCCUCCCGAGUUUCUUCUUUCUGUCUUUGUCGCAUCCGUCUGCUCUCCCCGCUCCGUUGGGCCCCACGUUCAUUUCCAUCAAUGCAUUGUCACGUCUUGAUGGCUCUCUGCCUUUUCUAUGACUGUCCCUCUGUGUCUCUUCUUUCUACCGAUCUCUCUGGGUCUCGUUCCCUGUCUCUGCCUCUCUUUGUCUCUCUCGAUAGCCCCUCCCACCCCUUCCCUUUCUCUUCACUUCCCUUCCAGUUCCUGAUCCCUCACGCCUCACUUGCACCCCCAGGAGUUGAGUGCAUGGACUGGGUUCUUUGUUUUUUUUUUUUUUUUUUUUUUAAUCGACACGUUUUUUUCUUUCCGGGGUGAGCCGGAAUAAA